AUGCGGCACGGCACAGGCGACCCGGUUGAGGCAGGCGUGGAGAGACGGAGCGCAGGAGGGGCACGAGACGCGCGCCGGCUGGAAAACACCUCCUCACCGAGCCAGACGGGCCUUUGGUGGAUCCAAUCGCAGGCUCAGGUCCGACUGGUGGGGCGAAUACAGCUCCUGUCAGAUCUGCUGGUAGUAUCGAAAAACCGACGUUUCAUGAAACUAAACGUAAAUGUACCGAUCGUAGAUGUCAAGAUCGGAUGGUAUGGCCUUCAGUUCGGCCGCAGUCUUGCUUUACUUUGUAAUGUUGAUCUGACUUCGUUCUGGCAACUUGGUCGCAACACCGCUUCCCUUCUUCUGAAGGAUGCUCGUUACCUGCCACCUCUCGUAGACAACUCAUUUCCUAGUCCCGCUUUGUCGCCAGGUCGACAGGCGUCCUCUGCGGCAUGCAAGAGGGCGCUGACUAUGGUGUAA